UCAUUUAUUCGUUGUAAUCUUCCGGCAUUGCUCAAAGAUUUACCUCAACUUUCAAUGUUGCUAUUUGGACUAUGUACAAUUAAAAAAAUUGCUAUAUUGGAGACAUGCGAUUCUAUAAUUUCUUCAUCCACAGCCGGUGGAAAUCAAUUGGCUAUUUCUACGACGGUUCUCAGUCCAACUCGACCAAUUAUUCAUUUCUCUACCAUCUAUCUCUAUCUUACAAGAAUGCCUUUGAAUCCAGUGUUAGAACCACAAGAAAUAGAACUUGCAGCAGAUUUGAAAGAUGGGAAAUGCUGUAUCUUUACAGGCGCUGGAGUAGCUUCCGCUAUUAUCCACCUUGAUCCAGUUCUUACUAAAGGAAAUGCCAGGACUAUAAGGUCAACUGUCGGAAGUUGGGCUGGCUUUCUUCGUGCUGUAGCUACAGAAUUUUUCCGAACAUAUACGUCAUCAAAUCUUUCCUUCGAGGAUAUUAAAAACUUGACAAAAUUUGGAAGUUAUGUUGACGAAAAACUCACAAAAAUAUUUGAAAAAAAUCAUGACCAAUUAUCUGCUGCAAUUAAAGCUGUUGAAGAUGCUAUUUACGACCGAAAAGAAUUUUCACAAAAUAUGUCACUUUUCCAAGAUACUAACGAUAACAAAAGACUUUUUUCAGAAAUUAAUGUUGAGAUUCAAAGAACUAAAUUUAGUAUUGAACGUAUUUACGAUGAAUUACCUCAAACAAAGUCCAAAGAAACUAAAAUGAGGGGUGAAUACUUUGACCUUUUAAAAAAAGCUGCAAUAACUCCGUGGGGAAAAGGGACCGCAAUUAUAGAAUCAACGGAACUCCUCACACAACUUAUCAACAAAAUGAAUGAAAAUCUAGGUUAUACUUCAUGCGGUAAUGUAUGGCAACGAGGUUCCAAGUCAGUCAAACAAAGGAUUGACCAAUUAGAACAGGAGAUUACCAAUAAUCAAGAUGAAAAGAAAAAAGAAAGGUUGAAAUGUUUUAAAAAUAAUUAUACAGAAAUAAAAUCAUUAUUUGAUAAGCUUUCUGACACCACCGAGAAAAAUGGAUAUGCUACAGAAUUCAUUAAAGAUUUUCAAUUAACAUUAGCUGGUGCACUUUCUGUAAAUGACGAUAUUGUGAAUAAAACAUUUAGACAUCUUACUGAACUUGUGCUUAGUCCAUUAAAGUCAAACCCACAUUCUCCUUUAGUCAAGGCAUUUGAUAUUAUAUGUGAAAAAAACGUGCUCUUAACUUCAAACUACGAUACAUUUUUGGAAAGCGCAUUAUUUCGUAAUGCAUUGGAUUACAUGGAAGACUUAAGCGACUCAAAUCAAUUAGAUUUCUUAAUCCCAAAUGAUUUUACAGAUGAUUUGAAUUACCACAAUCGUUUUGUUAUUCAUAUUCAUGGUCUUUACUAUGAUAAAGGAACCUUCGUUAUAUCUGAAGAAGAGUAUAAAAAUACCAUUAACUCAUUUGCAAAAUUUAUGAAAACAGUAAUUCUAGAUAAAAGGCGAUCUUUAGUAUUUAUUGGAGUUAGUGCAGAUGGUUGGACGGACUGGCAUAUGGCUUAUUUAUUCAAUGAAUUGGCUAACAUGAAUGACAGAGAUAGCCAUCCUCAUCACUAUUGGGUUGUGGUGAGAGGGACUGAAUUUCCUAAUGAAGAUGAUUUCUCAGAAUUAUCGAAGCAAGAAGAACGAAAGAUUACUUUGGAAUAUGUUAAGAAAAAAGUUAAAACUGUUGUUUAUGGUGAUUCUUAUGAUGAUUUACCUCCUUAUCUGAUAUAUCUUUCAAAUUUAAAACAAAAACCCGUGGCUAAAUAA